CACACCCCCGCUUCAACACCUCAUCAAACACUUGAGAUCCGUCAAUCCUUUUUUGUCACCUUCAUCGACACUGUAAUAUCUGAAACAAAAACAACACUGCGAGUCAUCAAGAGAAAGCGCCCGAUGCAACCUGUAUUCACAUCCGCAAUUUGAGCCCAACAUACGGAGUACUACACAAGCCCAGUCCAGCGCCAGAGUUACACACGGCCGUGUCCGGGCCCAAGUCAAUGAUUGCUCCUCCCAUCGUGGCUGAGGCUUGACUUUGUGAUACUCUUAUACUAAUACCGAGUUGGCAGUGGCUGUCGCAGACUCUGCUCGUGUCAUAUUACUGUGCCCGAGCCACUCUCGUCGUUUCUGGAGGGUGCUUCUUCCACGAUAAACCCUCCGCUGCCCAUACCGUCAGCUUCUGUCAGCGACUCCUCCGCUCAUCCCGCUGUACGAGGAUGACUGACUGCGGCCAUGGCUGCCAUCGCUCCUAGCCAGGAACUCUCCUCGAACAGUAGCAACCCUGGCUAUUCCAAAACCGCACGGCGCCAGUAUCAGAGUUGUGACCAGUGUCGCAAGAGUCGACGAGCAUGUGAUGCCGGCACCUUGCGCGUGGCCAACUUUCCUCUCAACGACGAGGGCGCAAUCAAUCUCCCUAAAUCUACCUGCGAAGCCUGCUCCAAUUGUACGAGAACUGGCAAGAAAUGCACCUUCGACUGGCUUCGCUCUCUUCCUCGCCACGGUCUUCCGAAAGGAGUCAAGAGGAAACUUGAAUCCACAGCGGUUGCUCUAGAGUCCGCGACGUCCCAGCGAGAUACGGCCUGGGCGACUACUACAGAGCAGCCUUACGAUGUGUCUGCUUCCACGGCCCAGCACCCAUCUCGCCCGUCUGGGCCAGUUCCACUAGGGGAGAGGCAUACCUUCAGCCAUCAGCACCACAGCAAUGGGCACGCAUCGGAGGCAUCCAUUAUCCCUCACUUACCUUCUCCCGACCCUAGCAAUAGUUCUCCCAAGUUGAAAUACCCUCAUGCCGGGCAUGGCAAUCAUCAUGAGUCCUCUCCCACAUUCAACAACAGUAGCAGACCAGGCAUCCGAUAUCAAAAAAACACGAGCAGCGAUUUCCAGCCACCUACUUUGCGCAGUUUCGAUACCAGCAUAUCCUCAGCAAGCUAUGACUCGAUAUUUUCAAGAGAACGAAACGCUCUUUCCCACACGUCUGACAGCGGCGCAUCUGCGAGCUCGGAUUCUGGGCCGGAAAAUGAGCGGGCAAAAUCCCAAGGGCGCAAUCAACAUGGUGGUGCAGUCUUCGGCGUCAAACAGACCGAGGAAGGCUCACUUGGUGACUCUGUGCGACGGGCUUCAACCAGUUCAACCUCUCUUUCAAGCAACAGACGACAAAGCUCUAGUCCUCUGAUGAAUCGCCACCAGGUCCGAUUUGCAGACGGUGCGAUGAAGGCUAUGAUCGCAAGCGGGCUCUUGCGCAUAUACCACGACAGUUUCGAGAAUUCCCUGUCUUGCUGGGUGACUGAACAAAAUUGUCCGUAUGAGACUGAACUCGCAACCCUGAUUUCCCAAGCUGGUCCAGGAACAACCGCAGAAGAAGCCGCAAUUCGCCUUGGUGACAAUCGAAUCUUUUCGCGUGUUUCACGACUCGACUCGGCAUUUACGCACCUCAGAGGACGACAGCUGAGCGCGACGGAGAAUAAAGCGGCGUCCAACGCUCUCAACUCAGCCAUCAUGGCCUUUGCAAGUCAAUGGUCUCACAGCUCCCACAACGCGUUUUGGCGCAGCAAAGAAGGUCUUUCUAGGAUGAAGGCCUGGCAGCAGAACAACAAUACCCUCCAACCGCCAAGUGUCCGACCGAACGACUCUCCAGCUUCGACCGAUUUCGAGUGCAAGAUCCAAAAAACCCUGUGGCACGAGGCUCGCAAAGCGAUUCAGGAUACGACCGAAAUCGAUUCGUUCAAAGUGAUAUUAGCAUACAUGCUCUUCGCCCUUACCCAACGACCCCGGGACCAAGGCCCUAAGCCGAGUACAGAGUCGACCGGAGAUGCACCAUCCUCGCAGAACAGCGAUACAAACCCACAAGAGCCCUCCGAUCGAGAGUACCCGAGCAGCGGCAACGCCUCCUUCUCCGCCGGCGCAGCCGAAACCGAAUGGGAUCCCUUCCAGACCGCCGAGCUCGAAGGCCUCGCCUCACCUCCAGUGUAUCUCGAGACCGCCGUGCGAAAUUUAUUUUCCUGGCGACGCAAAGUGGAAAGGUACAGGCGCAGGAGUUCAGCCCCUCAAAAUGACGCCAACCCAAUACCCAAGCUGGCUCUCAAGGACCAACAAACGUUCAACAUUCUCUUCUGGCUGGGCGUAAUGUGCGACACGACCUCGUCGGCCAUCACUCGCCGUCCGCUCGUCAUCCCCGACGAAGACUGCGCCAUGAUCCGCGAGAGCCUCGACAAGCUGUCCCUGGGCGAAGGCCAACCGGAAGAGCCGUCCUACGCCUCCUUUUCCCCGUCCCAGGACCGUCACGACUCCACGACGGCGCCCCUGUGGGACACGUACCUGCUGACCUUCACGCCCGCCCGCGCGCACAGCGACCCCUUCAGCCUCCCCUCCCCGGCGCGAUGGCCGUGCAGCUUCGAGCAGGCCGCGCAGAUCCUGCAGGAGGCCAUCCCCGUCAAGGUGCUCAUGUUCCGGCGCGUGGCCCACCUGCAGACGCUCGCGUCGCGGCGCGCGUCGCCGUCGGCGCUCGAAGCCACCAUCCGGGCGGCGCUCGACGUUUACGCCCACUGGAACCGCACCUACCUCCCCUUCAUGGUCGACUGCGUGUCGUCGCACAACGACCUGCCCCCGCACGUGCAGUCGUGGUACGUCAUCCUCGACGGCCACUGGCACUACGGCUGCCUGCUGCUGGCCGACACCGUCUCCCAGAUCGACGCCGAGCAGCGCACCAUGCAGGCCCAGCGCGACCUGCGCCGCAGGUGCGACCUCCUCGCCGAGCUGCGCAGGGACAACGCCCUCGCCAUCGCCCGCAUCGCCCAGGCGAGCCUGUCCGAACACGGGCCCGUGUUCCCCAACAACCCCGAGUUCCACUUUGCCUGCAACGGCAGCGCCAUCCUCACCGAGCCCUGGACCGACAUCCUGGUCCGGGCCAUGGGCAGUGCGUGUCGGAUCUUCAUCAACUGGAUGUGGUGCCACAAGCGUCCUCGGGCGGACCCCACGUGCCGGUGGGUCAGGGACAACACCACCCCCGCCGUCCUCUACACGCAGGCCCAGUGUUGCAUACACGGCAUGGCGCUGCUGGGCCGCAAGAGUUACGCCGCGAAUUACACCGCCGAGGUGUUUUGGAAGAAACUCGAAGAAGUGUGUGGUGGUGGUGGUGGUGGUGACAUUGAUGCCACGACCAACGACGCAUCUUUUGCCUUUUCAUUUUCGCAAACACAAUAUCCUCCGACAGGAUUUGGAGUGAGAUUGAAGACGGAAACCAUGACUUGAUGCUACAUUCCGGUAAAGGGAAAAGAGGUCGCGAGGAACCCCAGAUUGUGACUGUGUGUUGUCUUGUCGAGUAAGUGAUACGGACAUGAUGUUAAAAACUUUGGCGUCUGAUCUUGUUAUUUUGUCUGUCUGUGUGUGUGUGUGUGUGUGUGUGUGUGUGUGUGUGUGUGUGUGUGUGCAAUGCACAUUUUGGCAUUUGAUGACACCUCUGGGAGAUUGGGAG